AUGUGCCGUGCAUGGGUGGUUGCUGGCGUCGUGCCUGUCGUGGUGAGAACGGAGGAAUGGGGUGGUGGGGCAUACGUACCCCUUGCCCAUGACGUUGCCACGUCAUGGGCGUUGUCCCUCGUCCUUGGUCCAUCGUUCCGCGCUGGGGGUGUCGUUGUCGUUAGCGUGGGCGUCGUGGAAAGGGAUGGUCACGGCAGUGUGACCAUCCCACAAACAGGCGACGUGACGAUAUGGCACGCCCUCAAUCCACUGGACUGGGACUGGACUCAGGAAAGUGGCUGGCAGUCCAGUGGGAGUCCAGUGGACUGGACUGGACUGGACUGGACUGGACUCCAGUGGACUGGGCAUUCUGCCAGCCAAUCUGGCCUGGGGAGUUUUAUGGAACACCACAAGUUUAUAGGGAUGCAAUAG